CAGUUGUCUGCUACGAUCAGCUGUUUCGUGUUUACAAGUGGUCACGGUGGAGCCCAUGUGGAGAGAACCAGACACUAUAUGGAGAUGAAGAGGUGGAAGAACACCUUUAAAUUAUCCACAUAGGAUGGUGGGAGUGCGGGCGCCGGAGCGUCUUGAGGCCGGGGCUCUGUGUGCAUGGCUGCGGGCAUUGAACACAGCCGUUGGGCGUGGGGAAGGGGUUCAUGCCCCCCUGAGGGCGCCCCCUGCACUGCUGACGGCGGCGCUGUGCCAGGGAGCAACGGGACUGAGGGAGGCGGCGGUGGCGCGGCUGGCGGUGGCCGCUGUUACGGCCGGGGUCAGUCGCCUGGAGGUGCACCUCGAACACCCAACACUCAUACGGGCGGUGCUGGAGGCGCUGGACGCCCAUCCCGCCCACGUCACCUCCCUCACACUCACACUGGGGCCGCGAACUGCCCUCGGUGGCUUGCUGUGUGAGGCGCUAAGGGGCAUGACCAUCCUCACCUCUCUCACCCUAACGCCCGCCGCCACCGACGCCCACCUGACAGCCUUGGCGGACGCCGCUCCACCACUGGACACCCUGGACGUGUCCUAUUGCCCCGCUGUUACCGACAAGGGUGUGCGGGCCUUGCUGGGCCUGACGGGAGACGCCCGCACCAUGAGGGAGGUGAUGGAGGGCGGUGGGGAGAGCGUGAAGCAGAAGCCCGCCACCACCAUCCACACCGUUAACUUGUGGGACACGGGAGUGACGACCCGAGGUUGUGUUCACCUGCUCUCCUCCUGCGCCAACCUCUCCGCCCUCACCUGUCGCUGGUCAGGCGAGGCGCUGGACCUGGUGGUGCGGGGCGGACGUUCUGCGCCGCUGGCCCUCUCUCAGCUACUACUGGCAGAGGUGCCAUUACCGCCACUGCCCCCAGUGGCUUCCCUCUGCCCCCAGUUGACCUCCCUGGUGGCUCGUCGACCCACGGAAAUCCUCAGUGUGGGGCAGGUGGUGGAGGCGGUGCCUUCACUCACGGCCCUCACGCUGGUGCAGUUCGUGCCGGUGAGGGAGAACUGGCUGCCCUCCUCUCCCGUGCCCUGUCUCACCUACCUACACCUGUCGCUGCUCGACCCCCGCCCUCUACAGCUGGCCAACCUCGCCCACACCUGCCCCGCCCUCACCCACCUCUACCUAGAAGGCGUCACGCCCACACUCCCCGAACCGCCGCCGCCUACGCCCACCUCGAAAUUGGAGAGUCUACGUAUAAUGACGCCGCCCACCAUGAGCCACGAGAUAGACCCUCUGGUGGUGGUGUGGGCGGUGGUGUGGGCGAGUGGAGCCUCCAGCCUCGACCUGGGCUCCUGUAAACACCUCACCGACGAGCAUCUGACUCAGGCGCUGUCCCAGGGCGCUCUAACACAGGUUGAGGAUCUCAGACUGUCAGGAGCAGCCCAGGUCACCGAUUCUAGCAUAGAUGACCUGGUGACCUCCUGCCCUUACCUGCGUCGCCUCGCCCUCAAGAUGCUGCCCAAGGACCGCCUCGCCCAGUUGGAGUCCCUCAAGCUCAAGUACAGACAUGAGAACCUCGACCUUGAACUGAUUACCUAUGGCUGGAAGUUUUAAAAUGGUUUAAGAAAGAAAAGUUCGACCUUGAAUUCACUACCUAUGGUUAAAAUUCCAACUAUAGGAGAACUUCGACACUGAACUCACUGCCUAUGGCUGGAAGUUCUAAGAGGCGUAUACAGACGACUAUUGUGGAUGUUUUCCUAUAAAGGCCUUUGAUAUAUGUCCUAUAGAUUUAUCUUUCUGAAGUCCUUCAAGUAGUCGAGAUGGAGACAGUGAGUUCUUGAGAUGCUUCCAGGAAAUAUUUGUGAACGUUUGUCGGCUUGAGGAGAAUCUUUGUGGGUUCACUUGAAGAUUAGUCAAAGCAGGUUAUUCCUCUUCAUGAUAUAACACCCUAUACCUAAUCUAACUUAACCUAACUUAACCUAAUUUAAUCUAAUCUAACCUAAUUUUACAUAUCCUAAUAUAGUCUAAUCUUUCAUUUCCAAAUGUAGCGUAAUUUAACCUAUUCUAUUCUAACCUAACAUAACCUAACCUAACCAAACGCUUGCUAAACCUCGCCUGAUCUAAACUGAAGCUCGCUUAAUCCCCCCAGGUAGCGUUAGGGUGGUUAAUCAUCAGGUGGAAUAAGCUGGGGGGGGGGGUUACUCUCCAGGUGAUCCGAUUAUUGGAUUGUUCAUUAAUUUAGUGCCUGUCAACCUGUUCUGUGUUCCUCACGGGAGAGACAUUAGCAAGUACUGAAGAUUUCUUAAUGGAAGACGUGAGUUUGGAUUAUUAGUGAUGUAUAUUUUUUAUAACGCGAGAAGAUAUUGUGUGUGGAUGACAGUGGUAGUGAAUUAGUGGCAAAAUUAUCGUUUCGGUCAUGCACCUAUUUGGAAGUCGUUCAAAACAUAUCAAAAUCCAUCUGAAAAAACAUAACUUCAACGUAACCUAAUCUAACCUAACCUAACGUAACGUAACCUAAACUUAGGAUCCUAAAAUUCGCUGCAUGACCGAAGCCAUAAAAACACCGAAUUAACAUCUCUAGACUAUUAUGACACGUACAAUUGUGGCCACGUCCUAGGAGAUCCCCGUACUAGUGAGGGACGACACGCACAACUGUGGCCACGACCUAGGAACUCCCCGUACUAGUGAGGGACGACACGCACAACUGUGGCCACGACCUACGAGCUCCCCGUACUAGUGAGUGACGACACGCACAACUGUGGCCACGACCUACGAGCUCCCCUUACUAGUGAGGGAGGACACUCACAACUGUGUCCACGAGGAGGGAAGUUCUCCUUAUAUGAGUCAAAACAGUAAGGUUCUGUAAAUCUGACCCCAUACUAGUUGUCAGCUGGGGAGUGAGGUGACUCUCGUGUGUGUGUUAGUGUGAGUUCUCUUUUGUGUGUGUGUGUUUCUUUUUUAUUUGUCUAAGUUUCUGUUGCUUUUAUUUUUGUUUUGUGUGUGUGUGUGUGUGUGUUUUGUGACUGUGUGUAUAUUUUGUUGUGUUAGUGUGUGUAUGUAUGUGCGCGCGUGUGUGGGGAGUGGUCCCAGCACAACCAUAUCAUUGAUUGAUUGAUUACCUGAGAACUAGUGACGUCAGGGCAAGGUCACUGACACUCACUCCCCCACACGAACACAACUCUCAUAUAACAAGUGAUACCAGACUCUUCUUACCUCGAGAAAGUCAGAUUUACUCCCCAUGAUGUCAGUUUCUUCUCCUACUUUAUAAAGACUCUCAGGAUCACAUGAAGACUAGAAACCUCUGCUCAUUUCACCUGACUAAUCACCUGAUUAGCUUUAUUGUAAACUUUCAUACUUUCUUUAUGUGUUUUAUUCUCAUGUAAACAAUUUUCUUAAAUAUAUUGAAUAAAAAAGUAUUUAUGA